AAAAGUCGUUCGCUCUCCUGUCGCCACUUCCCAUGGGCCCUUGGCACCAAGACCGUUCAAUAAAUUCGCCAUCACGACCCAAGUGCGCCCAAACAAAACCGCCUUCACGCAAUCACUUCCUUCGACGCUUCCAGCAGAUCCACCACCGCUCCCAAUUCCCAACCCCCAAGACCAGUCUCCAGUCAUCUCCAUGGCGCGGGGACCCGUCCUCCUCCUCCUCGCCCUCCUCGUCGCGGGCCUCGCGGCCGCCGCCCCGGCGGUGGCGCUGGGCGGCCGCGGCGCGCUGGUCGGCGGGUGGGGCCCCAUCCCGGACGUGAGGGACGCGCACAUCCAGGAGCUGGGCGGGUGGGCGGUGGAGCAGCACGCAAGGCUGGCCACCGACGGGCUGCGGUUCCGCCGGGUCACGCGCGGCGAGCAGCAGGUCGUCUCCGGCAUGAACUACCGCCUCUUCGUCGACGCGGCCGACGGCUCCGGCAACAGCGCGCCCUACGUCGCCGAGGUCUACGAGCAGUCCUGGACCAACACCCGCCAGCUCACCUCCUUCAAGCCGGCGGCCAACUGAUCCGUCCCCCUCCGGCGCAUGCCGAUCCGCGUCCGCUCCGGUUAAUCUCGUCCGCCCGUCCUUUGUGUAGUUUGUAGUACUGCUAGUGCUGCCAAUAAAUGAGUCGUGCGGUUUGGCCGUCCCGCCUGCAGUUCAUCAUCCUGACUACUACUACUACUACUAGUGUAUUUGGCAAAUAAAAUUGUGAGUACUCUGAGAUUGUUGUGAUCCCUGGCUGUCACCCAUUGCUUGAUUUGGAAGGAAGGGGGGUGGUUUCACUGCACGCUCACGUGCACUGCUUCGCUAAGGCGAUGAUUAUCUUAUCUGUGAAGUUUCUGGAACCGAAUGUUGUGCCAAAACCCCGUGAGGAGAUUUGCUUUAGAUUC